CCAUGGAGCACAUCCGCACGCCCAAGGUUGAAAAUGUCCGCUUGGUAGAUCGAGUAUCUUCUAAAAAAGCAGCCCUAGGUACUUUGUAUUUGACGGCUACUCAUGUAAUAUUUGUGGAAAAUGCACCUGACACAAGAAAAGAAACAUGGAUUCUUCACAGUCAGAUUUCCACCAUUGAAAAACAGGCAACAACUGCUACUGGAUGCCCUCUGCUUAUUCGCUGCAAGAACUUUCAGAUAAUACAGUUCAUCAUACCGCAGGAAAGAGAUUGCCACGAUGUGUACAUCUCUCUGAUACGCCUUGCAAGGCCAGUAAAAUAUGAGGAGUUAUACUGCUUUUCAUUCAACCCAAAGCUGGAUAAGGAAGAGAGAGAGCAAGGCUGGAUGCUGAUCGACCUUAGUGAAGAAUACAAGCGAAUGGGCCUCCCUAAUAAUUAUUGGCAGCUCAGCGAUGUGAAUAGAGACUACAGGGUUUGUGACUCUUAUCCUACUGAACUGUAUGUUCCCAAAUCAGCCACAGCACACAUCAUAGUGGGGAGUUCGAAAUUCCGGAGUAGACGGCGAUUUCCUGCCCUUUCUUAUUACUAUAAAGAUAACCACGCCUCCAUCUGCCGGAGCAGCCAGCCCCUGUCCGGUUUCAGUGCUCGGUGCCUGGAGGACGAGCAGAUGCUCCAGGCCAUCAGGAAAGCCAAUCCAGGAAGCGACUUCAUUUAUGUCGUUGACACUCGGCCUAAACUUAAUGCAAUGGCAAAUCGUGCUGCAGGGAAAGGCUAUGAGAAUGAAGACAAUUAUUCCAAUAUCAAGUUUCAGUUUAUCGGGAUAGAGAACAUCCAUGUCAUGAGGAACAGUCUGCAGAAAAUGCUGGAAGUGUGUGAACUUAAAUCUCCCUCCAUGAGUGAUUUCCUGUGGGGUCUGGAGAACUCUGGCUGGUUAAGGCACAUUAAGGCUAUCAUGGAUGCAGGAAUCUUCAUUGCAAAGGCAAUUUCUGAGGAAGGGGCGAGUGUGCUUGUGCACUGUUCUGAUGGCUGGGACAGAACUGCUCAGGUGUGCUCAGUGGCGAGCCUCCUGCUGGAUCCGCACUACCGGACGCUGAAGGGCUUCAUGGUAUUAGUUGAAAAGGACUGGAUUUCCUUUGGUCAUAAGUUUAAUCACAGAUAUGGCAAUCUAGAUGGUGACCCAAAAGAAAUCUCUCCAGUUAUUGAUCAGUUCAUUGAGUGUGUCUGGCAGUUGAUGGAACAAUUUCCCUGUGCCUUUGAGUUCAGUGAGAGAUUUUUGAUUCAUAUUCAGCAUCACAUUUAUUCCUGCCAGUUUGGAAACUUCCUAUGUAACAGCCAAAAGGAGAGACAAGAACUCAAGAUUCAAGAAAGAACAUACUCUUUAUGGGCUCACCUGUGGAAGAAUCGGGCUGACUACCUGAAUCCUCUAUUUAGAGCUGAUCACAGUCAGAUGCAGGGAACCCUUCAUCUCCCUACAGCACCUUGCAACUUCAUGUACAAGUUCUGGAGUGGAAUGUACAACCGCUUCGAAAAGGGGAUGCAGCCCCGACAGUCAGUUACAGAUUACCUUAUGGCAGUGAAGGAGGAAACUCAGCAGCUGGAGGAAGAACUAGAGGCCCUAGAAGAAAGGCUGGAAAAAAUCCAGAAAGUCCAGUUAAAUCACACUAAAGUGAAGAGUAAGCAAAGUGAACCCAGCAAACAGUCAGGGUUUUCUACCUCAGACAACAGCACAGCCAACACUCCCCAAGAUUACAGUGGGAAUAUGAAAUCAUUUCCGUCCAGGAGCCCUUCGCAAGGUGAUGAAGAUUCUGCUCUGAUUCUAACCCAAGACAAUUUGAAAAGCUCAGAUCCAGAUCUAUCAGCCAACAGUGAUCAAGAGUCUGGGGUGGAGGAUUUGAGCUGUCGGUCUCCAAGUGGUGGGGAGUGUGCACCAAGCGAAGACAGCGGCAAGGACCGGGAUUCUGACGAGGCCGUGUUUCUCACUGCCUGAAGUUUUCCUUCGGAGUUCCAAAGUAAAGGACAUACAAGAAACACUUCCAAAAAUAAGGGAACAGUGCAAUUUAAAAUAAAAAUAACUCAAGAAAUGG